AUGUCUGCUGGCCAGCACAACUCCCUCCAGCAUUCGUCCUGGACAGAGCCUCCGUGGUCGGGCUGGAUAGAGACCACCGGAGAUGCCCUGCUCAUCCUCGAGGCUGCCCGUCGCGGCCUCAUCCCACGCGUCACCCGUCGCCUCGUCGACUCCGAGCGCAAGAUGAUCACCUCCGGCUCUGUCUUCGUCUUCGACGAGGACGAGAGCGGCAUCAAGCGCUGGACCGACGGAUUCUAUUGGAGCCCCUCCCGCAUCCUCGGCAACUUUCUCCUCUAUCGCGAGACGGACAAGCGCGUUCCGGGUCAUCGCAACCCCCGCAACGAACCCGAAAACGCUGAGGGCUUUGCCAACGAGAACAACAAGGCCGAUGGAUCCCUGAGUCGCCCCAAGAACGACACGUUGGCCAUUUCCGUGGACAAACACCGAGAAAGGACCCUCAUGGGAAGUUUGACCAAUAGCUACAAGUUCAAGCCUGAUGGCCUGAUGAAGAAGACGUUUUCGCUGACGAUUGGUGGGGUUGCGCAACAUUUGAUUUCCUACUACAAGAUCGAAGAUGUCGAGAACGGUCGCUUGCGCUGCCCUUCCUCACUCCCCGAGCUCGCAUCGCUUGACAUCAGCCCCGAAUACCUCGACAAAACCCACUUCCGAAACCCACCCAAGGUCGAGAUCGGCGUCGAUGGCAUCCCACGGUACCGCGGCGAGGCAGACGACAUCGACACUUCGUCGUCCAUCCUCUCAGCGCCGCUCUCGACAGGAAUGCCCCUUCUCACCGAAGGCCGUCUCGCUGACCCUGCCAUCAUGGGUGCUGGCCCGUCUAGCGUCAUCAAGAGGGAACGAGGAAAGAGAUACGAACCGUACGGCUCGCCACCCGUUUCUAAACGCGCCAGGGGGAACACGAAGACUUCCCAGCCAGAGGAAGAUUCUCCCAUCGAUGACGGCCCGGUCACUCCGGAAGCUGCAAGUGCGAGUUCGACGCCUCAGCCUGCCCCACAGCAAAUUCAACAACAGACAAGUCAACAAGCAAACCCACCUGCAGCCCUACCAGGCUAUCCCGAUCCGAAUGCACCUUUCAACCUUGGCAUGGGUGUCGGCGGCGUGCCGCCCCAGAUGCACCCGCCGCCUGGCACCUAUCCUGCCUAUGGGAUGCCGCCUUUCUAUCAUGGCUACCCACCUCCGCACAUGUACGGCGCGCCUCCUCAUGGACCAGCCAUGACCCAGCAACACGGCGCGACCCCAUACACCGCACCUGGAGGCCCGCCACCUGCACCUGGCGUCCAAGCCGCCCCCCAAGGCAUCGGUGUUGGCGUUGGCGCUCCAGGUCAGCAAAUGGUGCCGUACGGCUACCCACCACAACACAUCCCCCCACCUCUCGCUGUUAGCUCCAGCUCCAACCCCGGUUCGAACGCUGGGUCGACACCUGCGACUCCAACCGUGUCCACGCCGACUCACCACGGUGCAGGCACGAACGCAGGAGCGCCGUAUGCGACGCAAACGUCCGCCGCGGCGCUGCAACAGCAGCAGGUGCAUGGCAGUGAUCCAUCGCAAGCAGGGCACGCUGUGCCUCCGCCUGGAGCGCCCUCUAUCGGCGUCAGUACCUCCACAACCACGACGGGUACUGGUGCUGGUAUGACCCAGGCGCAGACACCCGGCCCUGCGACCCCCACCGCCCAGUCGUCGGCGCAAGCGAUGCAUGUGCAUCCCGCGCAGCCGACGAUGCAUGGCCAGCCGCCGCCGGCAUACUACCCGCAGUACUACCACCACCCGCCGCAUGCCCACCCGCACGGGUACGCGCCGUACCAGUGGGCCCCGCCUGGUGCGUACGCGCCCUACCCGCCUCCACCCAUGAACGCCCCGCAUCACCAGAUGGGCGUUGGGAUGGGGGUUCCGGGCAUGGGUAUACAGCCCGCGAUGCAGCCGCUCCCUGGCAUGGGCAUGGGGAUGCAGAUGGGCGUGGGUAUGUCGGCCAUGGGCCAGCCUCCGCACGCGUACAUGUACCACACCCAGCCCGCGCCUGCUCAUGCGCCACCUCCGCAACCACAGCAGCAACAGCAGACGGCGAUAGCGCACCAGCAGGUGCAUGCGCAGACGCAGACUCAUAGCCCUGCUGAGUCGCCGCACGGCGGAACUGGGACCGGGGGCGGUGGGGGCGGUGGGGAUGGGGAUGAUGAUGGGUCGGGCGAGGGCGAGGAGGAUUAA